AUGGAGGGCCCAACUACGGUUUUGACCUUUUUAGGUAUCGAGCUCGAUACUGUGCGCCAGUUUUUCAGGUUGCCAGAGGAGAAGCGGGAGAGCCUUUUGGCUCAAGUUAAGUUAGUGCGGAGUAAGCGCAAGGUCACCCUCCUUGAGUUGCAGCAGUUGGUGGUGCCUUUUUCUCUUUGCAAUGAAAACUGUCAUCAUGGAUAUAGCAGACAAAAGAAGGAGGGAGAGAAAUUUUGCUGUUAUGAUUGUGUUCGUUGUCCAGAAGGGAUGAUCUCUGAAAAGAAGGAUGCAGAUAUCUGUGUCCAAUGUCCACAAGGUCAUUAUGCCAACCAUCACCAAAAUCAAUGUGUUCCCAAAACUAUAAGCUUCCUUUCUUACAAAGAAGAAUUAGGUAUCACCCUAGCUAUCUUAGGUGUUUCCUUUUCUCUGAUCACAGUAUUGGUGCUUGGGACAUUUAUGAAGCACCGGAACAGUCCCAUAGUCAAAGCAAACAACCGAAGUCUUACCUAUAUUCUUCUGUUCUCUCUUUUUCAUUGCUUCCUGUCUUCUUUGUUUUUCAUUGGGCAACCUGGAAAAGUGACCUGCCUUCUCCGAUAUGCAACAUUUGCCAUCAUAUUCUCAGUAGCCAUUUCUAGUGUGUUGGCUAAAACCAUGACUGUAGUUUUGGCCUUCAUGUCUACCAAACCAGGAUCUAGGAUGAGGUCACUGGUGGGUAAAAAAUUAGCUUAUUCUGUUGUCCUUUCCUGCUCCCUUGUUCAAGUAGGCAUUUGUAGCCUUUGGCUAAGUACUUCCCCACCAUUCCCAGAUAUGGACAUGCUCUCCAUGAAUGAGAAUAUCAUACUGAAAUGUAACGAGGGCUCAAUAACCAUGUUUUACUGUGUCUUGGGCUAUAUGGGCCUCCUAGCUAUAGUCAGCCUCAUUGUGGCUUUUCUAGCCAGGAAGUUACCUGACAGUUUCAAUGAAGCCAAAUUUAUCACUUUCAGCAUGUUGCUUUUUGUUAGUGUGUGGCUGUCCUUUAUUCCAACUUACUUGAGCACCAAGGGGAGAUCCAUGGUGACUGUGGAGAUCUUCUCCAUCUUAGUCUCUGGUGCUGGCUUACUGGCAUGCAUUUUUUCCCCAAAAUGCUAUAUCAUUGUUCUGAGGCCUGAGCUUAACAACAGGGGAUUCUUUAAAAACAGGAAAGAAUAA